GAUAUAGGUCGUCAGGAUGGAAGUAGAGUCCAGUCACACCAGAAGUGCAGCAGUGUUUGAGCCAGGUCUGUGCAAACCUGUGCCCACAUCUGCCACUAGCACAAACUCCAACAGGUCUGUCUACAGUGACAUCACUCCUGGUCAGGACACACAUGAACCAGUGGACGCCUCAGUGUUAGUGGAGUUAAAAGGGACAAAGGAAUGGGUGAGAAGGCAACUUGUGGAGCACAAGGCAACGCAGCUUGCACGACAACAGGAUGUAGCUGACAAUAGCACUCAGGAAGAAGUGAAUGCCAGCAUUGUAGAGCUGCAGUCCCAGCUCCAGGAACAGUCUACAAAACUCAGUGUGCAGGAGCUGGUGUUGGAAAGAUUGCAGUGUGGAGAUGUGCUGUCCAAGUUCCUGUUUGACUCACCUGAUUCAGAAAGAACAGAAGAGCCUUCAGACAAGGAGAAAGGGAAAAUUUGUGACAUGGUGAAGAAGCAGAAUGAACUUGUGUUUGAACUUGGCAAGUAUCACAAGGAUAUACAAGAUCUGCAAGAAAACCUGGAUGAGGUGAAAAAGAAGAGUUUUGAACAACAAGUCAGGAACAGGGAACUGAUGACCUUGCUUCAGCAGAGGAAGGAGGAACAGCAGCAGAGGUCACAGGAGGACAGCAACGACAGGGUCAAAAUGUUGGAGAGUAAACUGGGUGAGGCGAUGUCUGAAAUCUCCAGACUGCAGCACAUCUACCAGGCCCUGAUGGUGGGGAGUCAGGUACACUGGGCACAGGACCCUGACCUGCAGGAGCUCAUGAUCAGUCUGGGCACUCCUCCUGACAUCUGAACACUGCACAACUCAAGCCUGUAUUAUUAUUAGUGUACAUACUGUA